AGAGUAUAAUUGAUCAAGCUUCCUCUUGUGUCACCGUUCGCCGACUCACCAUUUCCAUCCAGACAUCUCUCUCUCUCUGUCUCUCUAUCUCUGCAAACUGUGCUUGAAUCCAUGGCGGCAACUCCCUUCGGCCAGUCUCUGAACCUCGUCGGAGUGCUCUCCGAAUCGAAGCGCAUAAUAAGCGCCCACUCUCGGCACUUCCUGGCCCUAUCCGUCUUCUUCCUCCUGCCCCUCGCUUUCUCCCUCAUCAUCUUCCCUACCCUCCAAACCACUCUCUCCCACCAGUCGAAGCCGUACCACGUCAAUUCCCUGCUCCGUGGAGCCGCCGCUGGCUCUUUUCCGUCGAUCCUCUUUCCUCUCCUCUACCUCCUCUUCGUCGUCGUCCUCUCCCUCUCCGCCGUCUCCACCAUCACCUACAGCACCUUCCAUGGGUUCUACGGCCGGCCCGUCAGGCUCGCCGCCGCCCUCAAAUCGAUGAUCAACUCGUUCCUCCCGCUCCUUCUCACGGCGUUCGCUUCGCAAAUCGUGGAGCUCCUCGUCUGCUCUGCUUUUGGGCUUUUCCUAGGGUUGGUCGCCAAGGGGCUUGAGCUUCUUGGGUUUCAUAAUGUUUUGGAUUCUAAAUAUUUCAUCAUCUUCUGCGUGGUGGUUUUGGUGGCUUUGGUCUUGGUGUUGGUCCAUCUGCAAGUGAAUUGGGCGCUGGCGCCUGUGGUCGCGGUGGUGGAGUCGAAAUGGGGGUUCGAGCCGCUACGCCGGAGCAGUUACUUGGUAAAGGGGAUGAGAAGGGUCUCGUUUUAUUUGCUGUUACUUUUCGGGGUUCUGAUUGGAUUUUCUGUGUGGAUUAACUCGACUCCUAGCUCUGGUAGCUUUGAGGAUGUGUGGAAGUGUUUGAAUUUCGUUCUGCAGACCGUGGCGGGCUCGAGUUUCCUGACUUUGUUUAUGCUUUAUAAUGUGGCCGCCAAUACAGUGCUGUAUAUGUAUUGCAAAGCUUUAAAUGGGGAAUUGGCUUGGGAAAUUGCUGAAGAGUUCGCUCGUGAGUAUGUUAGCUUGCCCUUCGAUGAUGCCAAGGUCCCUCAUGUUGUCUUUGUUGCCCAAGCUUGAUAGGUUUGUGAGGUCAGUGGCCUGUUUCUGACUAAUCUUACCUGUCGCUUUUGACGGGUGGAUGUAUCUUUGUGUAUUGUAGUUUGUUAAUCUUUGUGCAUAACAUACAACAUUCGGUGGAUGUGGACAGUAGUUUCAUCAAAGCUUAGAAAUGCUUUUAUAUAAUGUAUGUGUAAUUUGAUUUUCUCCUUUGGUUUUAGAGGAAUGAAAUGAUUGUGGCAGUAUUGAUCAGUUC